AUGAAAUCUCAUCGAUUAACAAAAUAUAUUGCAACUAUUGGCAAGCAAAAUAAAUAUAAUACAACUGCUAUUUGCAAAGCAUAUGUUGAACUUUUGGAUUAUGAAGAAGCCUUAAGAAAUUUUGAUGAUGAAAGUGAACAAGCAAAAAGUCGUAAACAUACUGGUAUUGAACCAGAACAUGAAUUAAAAGUACCAAAAUUUGAACAAUUAUUAUUACGUAUAACAGUAUUUAAUGACUUUUCUUUACAAUGGAUUGAUAAUAAAACUACUCAUGAAUUUUUUGCAUUUUUAAAUUCCAAUCUUAAAUUGCCUGAUAUUAGUUUUGAGCAUGAGCGUAUUACUGAUAUUAUUUCAAAAGUAGAGGAAUUGAUUAAAGAAAAUCAAGAAAUAGAAGUUACUUUAAAUACAAUUGUAUCUGAUA